GAAAAAGAAAUGACUAACCAUGCUAAGUGACAAUCUAUUAAUUUUACUGUCUUAUCAUCCUAUGUGAGUUAAAUGAACCUCAGCUUGAUGAAAAUACCAAGUCAGUUCUAUAAGAUGAUAACCCAGGAGUACAUGGCCCGGGUGAACCAGAAAGAAGGGGCAAGGGAGUUGAUGCUAUGUGUAGGUCUCCGGUUUGACUCUUGGGUACACUAAAUUGGUACUGUCAUGGGGUAGUGGCACUUGAAGGUAGCAGCAUGAACUUGUUUUCUGAAGCAAGACAGUUCUGGUAAGAAAUUGGUUACUCUGAAGAUGGAUACAAACUUCCUCAACUGCCCUUGUUUCCAGACAAUGAACAGUAGGGAGGGUGGGCAGAACCCAGGAAAAAUGAGUCCUGAACACAAUGCCAAAUUGUUUUAUGUUUCAUUUUGUUUGGGUUUAUUUUCUCUCCACAGACACUGAAAAGAAAAAGAACCCCAUCAGCCAUUUUGGUUGGCUACCGUUCACAUGCACAGACUUUAGCUUUUAGAAGAUGGCUAUAUUAAUAGCAGCUCUGCCCUCUGGAACACUAACCACAAUUGCUUUCCCUAACCAUAUUGCCGCUGACCACCUGCUCUGAGUUCCAGGGGGAUUAAUCAAGGCAGGGGAAUGAUUGGUGCUUUCUCUGUUGGGGAAUGCAAUUAGUUUUAAUUUCGAGUUGUUCCUUUUUCCUGGGUUAGAAGUGAACUCUCUCACUUCAUGCUCAGUAGAUAAUUUCCCAGCCUGUAAAGCAGAACGUAGCUCCAGUUGGGAAUGCCUCUCCUUUAUUUGCCCUCCUCUGAAAUGAACAGAUUCACGGCUUUACACAAAUGUCACCUCUGAACACGGACACUAGCUCUCUCGAUUACUGGGUUUAGCACUUCCAUCCCGACGAUCCUCAGAAUACUGAAGGAUUCAAAUCCCAAGGCAGAAAAGAAAAUGGAGAAUAGAAAAGCCACAAGUGCUUCCCACUCCUGCGUACUUUGGGUCGCGUUCUUCCUUGCAGAAGUACCGACCUCUGGGUACUGCCUGAUCAUUCAAAGGACAGCCAUCAGCUUGACGUCAGGAUUACACCAAGUGUACAUAUCUGUGUGUAGAUUCAAGUGACAUCAUGUAGAGUAGCUUUGAGCCAGGUGGGACAGCAGCACUGUUCUCACUCAGUGGUUGGUAGAGCACAUUGUUGCUGUUGGUGUGGUCAUGAAUCUGCUGCUGCUGCUGCUGAUGGUGAUGAUGAUGAUAAUGGUGAUGAUGAUGACAGCGGCAGCGGCAACGACAACGACGACAGCUAUUUGAUGCCUCCUUCCUCCUUCCUUUAAGGCAGGAACUGUUAACUGAAGUUUUAUAAAUGGCAAAACUAAGGCUCAAACAGUUCAACUGACUAGAAUGUUAGAGCAGAGCUAAGACUCAGUCUCAGAACUUCUGACUCCCGGAUUUGCAUUUGUCCUUCCUUCCUACAUUGUUUCUGUUAUUGUAGUACAAGUAGCCAAAAAGAUAGAAAGUGUCAGUUCUCCACAUGCCAGUCCUGUUAUGCUAACUCUCUCUAAUGUGUUAAAGGACACACGGAGAAGCUCCCAGUGUGCCUCCGAGAGCCUGAUGGCUAUCCAUCUGUCACGUUUCCAGACAGUGAUAUUAGCAUUACCUGAACAUUUCCAAAUGAAUAGUCUAUAUCAUAAAAUCUAAACACCUUAAGAAAACAGUAAAUGCUGCUAAGACUUUGAGAGGUUCUUGGGAAUUAUUUGAGAAAGUCACCACAGCACCUACAGUGGCAUCUUCAUGUCCUCAUCCAUAAGGAUCCAGUGUAAUAGACAUGUAUCCUUUGACCAGGAUGAUACAGGACACCAAGCAGGUUCCUCACACUCACGAACGAGAAGUCAACGUCAUGCUCUAUAACAAGUACUUCCACCAAGUGCUGACUAUCUGCUCAGAGUCUGUGAUCAAGGUAUGGGAACUUGAGACCGGUCUCCAAAUAUACCAAAUUCUAGACCCUCAUGGCUUCAGUAUUGAACUGACCUGCGCAACUAUUGAUGACAGUGGGUUUCUUUUUGCCACAGGAGCAUAUAAUGGGACAGUUAAGUUGUGGGACUUCGGCAGUGGGCAGGAGAUGAAAAUGAUGCCCGAAGGGAAAGACUGGGUGGAGGAGGAACACGCUUUGCUGCGCCUGUUUUUCCUCAAGUCCCAAGUGAAGCAACAGCACUUCAUCCUUGCCUUGGAGCGCAACGGGACUAUCAAGAUGGUCCAGGGAAAGGAAGAUGAUAUCAUCCUCACGGUGAUAUGGGAGCUGCCCAAUGCCAUGCCUUACCUACAAUACGGGAGCCAUAUUGUGCAUCUGAAGAUGUCAACUAAAGAAAGGGCAAUGGGCAUUCCUUUCCCAGACGUCGAGCUAAUCGUCCAGAAAAGCAUUUCUCAACAAACUACUAGUUCUACCACCAAUACGGAUGUGAACUGCAUUGAUGUAUUUCAAACAGAGGGGUUUAAUUUGAUAGUGUCUGGAACCUUAAAUGGCAUGAUUAUCUUAUGGAAUUUCAUAGCGGCCUCUGUCAAAGAAAUAUACCGGCCUGAGGAUUGCUUCUCUACAGAUCCCGAGUUGGAUCCCAAACGCUUUCGAAUUAAUGAUAUAAUGUUCCUCUUCCGAAUUCCCGAAUGUGUAAGGAGAUCAAGUCAGGAUUCCAUAUGCUCCUCAACCCAAUGUGACUCAAGCAAGGGUCCACAGAGUAGCAAGGGAAGUAAGCAAAGUAUACAUGACACCGAGGUCAAAGGCGAGCAAACAGACACAGGAUCAGAACAGCAGUCAGUGAGCAAGAAACAGACCGCGUCCACCAGCUCUGCGGAACCACAGCCUCCUCUCCUGGUCACUGCACACGAGGAUGGACACCUCCGUUUGUGGACGUUGGAGGGGAAGCUUCUGAAAGACAUGCUGCCCUUCACGAAGCACUCUGCCAUUUCGCUGACGACACUGUACACGGACUCGUGCUGCAGGAUACUGCUGGCUGGGAACGUGGAAGGACACGUUAUCCUUUGCAAUAUUGGUUCCUUCAUGGAUCCACCUCACGAUGAAAAGAAAUUCAAGCAGCUGCUUUCCUGGCGUGCCCAUUCUUUAGAGAUUGUUCAAGUGAUCUACGUUGAAGACAAGCAGCUGGUGCUUACCGCCUCCAUUGAUGGCUCAGUGAGGCUCUGGAAUUCUACCAGUGGUCAUUACUGUGGGUAUUUUGGACAACGAAGAAUGUUUGAAUUAUCCCAAAUAAGUGACUUCAUUUUGCCUUGUGAUGUUAAUGAGUAUCCCGUAGAGAUUAAAGAAGAGAGCAAGUUCACAGAGAAGAAGCAAAAAUAUGAAUAUCCUUUGAUAUUUGACCGUGAAAGAUGGAAAAAAAUGAGCUCCAUGUCUUUGCUUUUCAAACGCUCACCUCCCAAUCCCUUUGAAGUGCAACAUGAUUUUAAAUUUUUCAAGUCUCUUUCUUCUCCAAAGAUUCGCCGAUAUGCUCUGGAAGGUUUCAUGACAGAAAACAGAGAGGCAGGGAUUGUUUUUGGUUCUCUGCCUAUAUACAGGGUACCAAGUCCCACGAGUCUAAGAUUCCUUCCCCUCAUUGGCUCUGAAGCACAAAGAGAUUCGUUGGAGGGCGUUCAUUCGAAGAAGAAGAGCACUCAUGGUCAUGGUGGAUCACGGAGGAAAAGCUUGAAAAGGAAUUUUGUCCCACAGAUAAAUCUGGCUUCGUCCUUCUUCCCAACCACAAACAAGUGAAGACGAGGCCUCAGAACUGGCUGCUGCACAGGAGGCCACAAGGUCCAAUCUAGUCAAUAUGAGAAUGGCCACACCAUCAGGCCAUCCUGGUAAUGGAGAUUGCUCAAGGAGCUCUGAACACCUCACAGGGCCUGCAGCCAGUUUACCAACAUUUUACACGUAGAAAAACAUAACAAAUGGGCAAUGUCUCUCAUCAUUGUCAACAAGAUCACACAAGGACUUAAAGGAAAUCAGUAGCCUGGGUAGACCCAAAUGAUCUGGUUAGCGGUGAUUAGCUUAGCACCUCCACCUGUUCACCCCAGUCCAUAACCAGAAUUAGAGUGUGUGCAGUAAGAGGCAAAUCAUGUGUGUGUCCUGUUGUGUGUAGAGGACCAUUGUUGCUGUCCUUUGUUUAUUUGAAGUAUUAGGGUUUGAGUCCAGGGGCCUAGCGUACUAGGCAAGUCAGUUACAUUAGCAGCUCUGUAUUGAGAUAAGGUCUAUCUCACUAAAUUAAUCUGGGAGAGUGAAUUUAAGGUUAUCUUGCUUCAGUCUCCAGAUCUGCCAGGGAAAUUAUUAUUAAAAGAUUAAAAGGAGGAGGAGGAGAAGGAGGAAGAGGAGGAAGAGGAGGAGAAAGAAGCAGAAGAAGCAGGAGAAGGAGGAGGAGGGGGAAGAAGAAAUAGAAAAGAAGCAGAAGAAGAAAUAGGAGGAGGGGGAGGAAGAGGAAGAAGGAGGAAUGGAGGAGGAGGAGGAGGGGGAAGAAGAAAUAGAAAGAAGAAGCAGAAGAAGAAAUAGGAGGAGGAGAAGGAGGAGGAAGAAAUCAAGCCUCUUAAAGUGUGUCUGCUUCACUGGGGGCAGGGGUAGUGUCACCUUGGAGCUGUGGACCACAGAAGCUGAUUGGCUGAUUAAAACCCAGUGCCAUGGAGAGGUUGAAAUGUUGCAAGUCCAGAGCCAAUCAUCUUAGGAACAUCUCUAAUUUCCUUUAUGGCCAUUAACUGUCCUCUGCAUGACCCUAUGUUUGUUGUGGCCAUUAGGUAGGCGCAUCCUUUGGAAUAUAUAGAGAGACCCCUAGUUUCCACCAAUCAAAGGGCUAAGAAUGCUGUCAGAUGUAUCUAAGGCCUAAAGCUGAGUCCCCCCCCCCCCCACUUUGCUGUAACCUGCCUACCUGAUGUACUUUUAGUUACUGUUUUAUUGCUGUGUAAAGACACCAUGACCGAAGCAACUCUUAAGAAGGGGAUGCCUAUAAUUGAGGGCUUCCCUUGCAGUUUCAGAGGGGCAGUCUAUUAUCAUCGUGGUGAGAAGCAGACAGACAGUCAUGGCACUGGAGCAGUAGCUGAGACCUUUCCAACCUGAUUCAUAAGCAUCAGGCAGAGAGGCACUAGGUCUGGCCUGAGCUUUGAAAAAUGCAAAGCCCACUACCAUUGACCUACCUCCUCGAGCAAGGAUAAAUCUAUUCCAACAAGGCCAUACCUCCUAACCCUUAUAAACGUUCAUCAGUUGGGGACUAAGCAUGCAAAUAGAUGAACCUACUGGCGGGGACAUUUUUAAAUCACAUACCACAUGUACCCACCAAGCUAUCCAAAAGGGUUAGUUUAUGACUCUCUUUGCCCUGUUACUGUAAAAGUUCAUGAUAUUGCUGCCUUGUUAGCACAUGAUAUUUGGAGAAACCUGAUUCUGUGCUUCUGGACCAUGGCCACUUAUAUUUGGCUCUGGAAUAAACUUGUUUAUCCUUUGAGA